ACUUAGCGAAAUUCUUUUCAUAAUCUUGCACUGAAUAGUGAAUGAUAUUAUUCUGUUGUUCAUACUUGAUUACCGUUAAAUGAUUAUUCAACUACAAGUCAUAUGUUAAUAUGUAGUGAUAUGAAAGCUGCUAGGAGGAAAUGCAACGUUUUGUUAAGAAAAUUGUGGAUUUGAUGCGAGAGGAAAUGCUAUUUUCAUGGCAAGGUGGUCCAAUCAUUAUGCUGCAGAUUGAAAAUGAAUACGGAAAUAUUGAAGGGAAGUUUGGGCAGAAAGGAAAGGACUAUGUUAAGUGGGCAGCAAAGAUGGCUUUAAGCCUUGGUGCUGGGGUUCCAUGGGUGAUGUGCAGGCAAACUGAUGCUCUGGAUAAAGUUGUAAGGUCUUAGCCAUUGCUUUAAAUUUUCUGAACUUAUAUAUUAUGGCUGUAAGAAUGUAUAGGGAUAGGUGAAACUUUGUUGAAAUUUCUGUCUUUCUUUGACUGUGAUACCCAAUCAGUUGUUGUGUUUAUUUCAUUUUGGUUGUGGGAAUGAAGUUUUUU